UAGACCACCGAGACUAGCUAAGCUAGCUAGCAAUCACGAUGAGGUUCGCGGUGAGCAAGUCUCCGCCGGUGAUGGUCCGGCCAUCGACAGAGCCGGUGCCGGUGCCGGGGAAGACGACGGCGACGCAAGUGGUGCAACUGUCGUCGUGGGACACGACCUACGUGGACUUCCAGGUCACGGUGCUCCUCGUUUUCGACGGCUCGGUUCACCAGCCCGUGGAGGCCAUCAAGAAGGGCCUCUCCCGGGCGCUCGCCCACUACCACACCAUCGCCGGCCGCCUCGCCGCCACCGCCGACGAAGACGGCGUGCUCCUGCACGUCGCGUGCACCGGCGAGGGUGUGCCGUUCGUGGCCACGUCGGCGGGAUGUGCCUUGCAGGAUCACGGGCUCCUGGACGCGCCCUUCACAACCAGCCUCCUCGACGAUCUCGCCGUGUACUAUCCGGCACCUGAGGGCUGCCGGAGCACGGACCCGAUGCUGCUGAUGCAGGUCACCGAGUUCGCCUGCGGCGGGUUCACCGUGGGCGUGACGUGGAACCACACGCUGGCCGAUGCCACCGGCAUCGCCCAGUUCCUGCAGGCCGUGGGCGAGCUCACCCGCGCUGAAGCUGAUGCGUCGGCGGUGCCGUCCAUCACGCCGGUCAGGGACGGCCGCGCGGCGUCCCUUCCUCUGCUCUCGGCGCCGGUGGUCGCCGCGAAGCAGUCGCUGAUGCUGGACCUCGGCGGCCAGGGCCUCAUCUACCUAGACACCGUCGUCCCGAUGAAGCUCAUCGACCGCAUCAAGUCCGACUAUAAGGCCGCCCAUUCCGGGUACUGCACAACGUUCGAGGCGACGGCCGCCGUGCUGUGGCGGUGCCGCACACGCGCGAUCAUCGGCGACGACCCCGACGGCUAUGACAUGUCCACGCCGGCGCCGCUGGCCUUCUUCGUGAACGUGCGCAAGCACGUAGGCACGGCGGCGGGGUAUUAUGGAAACUGCGCGGUCGCGCAGCUGGCGUUCGCGACGACCGGAGAGGUGGCCGGCGCAGGGGACGAGGGCAUGAACGGCUUGGUGGACCUGAUUAAGCGCGCCAAGGACGGGGUCCCGGAGCUGCUGAGAGGCAUGAGAGCCGGCGGCAGCGCGGUGGACGGGAUGGGGGAGGAGGAGAUAGCAGCGGCGUUCGGGUACAACGCGCUGAUGGUGACGUGCUGGCGGACCAUCAGGUUCGACGACGCCGACUUUGGCGGCGGCGGGCCGGCGAGGGUGGUGGGGCGUUGGCAGCAGACGACGCUGCCGUGCGUGGCGUUAGUGUCCUGCGGGGCCACGGGCGAGAGGCUGCUGACGCAGUGCGUCAGGGCGGAGCACGCCGCCGCGUUGCUCGCCGAGCUGGACCAGCGCACACGCCUGGCCUGAGUAACUAUGAACUGAAUUCUUGCUGCUGUUUGCUGGCACGUACGUAUGUGUGGUGUGGUGGUGUGCCGUUGUCGAUCGUUGAGUUGUUCCGGUGAAUAAGGUACCCCAUUAUGUUA